GCCGCCGCCGCCAGGGGAAGGAGAUGAUAGGUGGAAAUGAAUCCUGUGCUGCAGGACCGAUACCUAUGUCCUACUUAACCUGCCUGACUUACAUUCUGGGAGAAUGGACUGGUGUGGAGCAUAUUGAAGAUUAUCUGAGUUAUGCGGUCUACCUUUUAUGGGUGCUUUUUCCACUCGCAGUAGUUUUUCUACUUCCAGGAGUUCUUGUCAUCCUCUUCUACACUUCCAUUCUCCUUCUUCAUAUUUAUAAAAGGAAGAACGAACUAAAGGAAGCUUAUUCCCAUGAUUUGUGGGAUGGUGCAAAAGAAAUGUUGGCUACCCUAUGGGAUGGACAUGGAAGAAUAUGGCACGGUUAUGAACUUCAUGGUGCCGACAAUAUUCCUGAAGGACCAGGACUUAUUGUGUUUUAUCAUGGAGCUACUCCUGCUGACUAUCUCUACUUCAUGGCUAGACUUCUUAUACAAAGAAAGAGAUACUGUCACGUAGUAGCUGAUCAUUUCGUCUUUAGAUUACCAGGUUUUAAAAUAUUACUUGAUGUACAUGGAGUUAUGCAUGGACCAAAAGAAGAAUGUGUCAGUGCUCUGAAGAAGGGCUCUCUGAUAGCCAUUGCCCCAGGUGGAGUUCGGGAAGCACUCUUUAGUGAUGAAAUGUAUACUAUUAUCUGGGGUAAUCGGAAGGGCUUUGCUCAGGUGGCCAUUGAUGCAAAAGUGCCCAUCAUUCCUAUGUUUACACAAAAUGUUCGAGAAGGCGUUAGGACAUUAGGAGGAAUAAAAAUACUUCGGUCACUAUAUGAACGUAUUAGAUUGCCAAUAGUUCCUAUGUACGGUGGGUUUCCAGUCAAGCUUCGUACGUUUAUUGGAGAACCCAUUCCAUACGAACAAAAUAUAACUGCUGAGGAACUAACUGCAAAGACAAAAGCAGCACUCCAAGCUCUAAUAGAAAAACAUCAGAAAAUACCAGGAAAUAUAUUUAGAGCUUUAAUGGAACGAUUUCAAACACAAAAGAAAGAUGAUUAAGGUCUUCUGAAUAAACUACUACUUAGUUAUAAUAUUCUUACAGACAUAUUUGUAACUUAUUCAUUCUUCUAAUAAUAGGUUUUAAAUACUGUCCUAAUGAUACUGCCGUUUAAUGUAAGAUAUAAGACACUUUCCCUUGCCCUUCCCCCUGUCCAUUAUCAAGCUCAGGAACCCAAACUUCAAAUCAUUCAUAAUGGGGCAAAGCUUAGUUUUUGAUAAAUGCAUUCCUACUUUGAAAGUGGUGGGGUUUUUAUUUUUUCAAAAAUAACACUGCAAGUCUUUAUGUACAUGGUCUCUUGUCUUCCGCCCCCUCCCCACCCCACUUAUGGUUGCUCUUUAACCUGAAUGUUAGGCCUGUGAUAGAGCUAGAGUCUUACUGUCUUGAUCAUCAUCACUGUAACUAGGUUUUGCAGGCCAGAUUAAUGCCAUACAGCAUUUGUGAAAACUUUCUUUAGGUUGUUACUCUCGUGCUGCUGGAAAACAGUCAGUCUUCUGUGGCCUGCAGAACCUCUAGCUAUACCUGCAAAACCUAUGGUGGAAAGUGUUUAGUUUUACUGGGUGAGCUCAGAAAGAGUCUGGAGGAGUGAAAAUUGAUUAGAGAACUGCAGCAAACCAAGAAUCUUUGUUACGGAAACCAUGCCGAUGCUGUGAAUGAGAACCCUACAGCACAGCUGCUAUUCCAAGCCGAGCCAUACUGGAUAUCUGUCCUGGAGUAGAGAGUUGUCCCGUAUACUUCUCAGUGAAUUUACAAAUUCUCCUUUGAAAGAAUGAGCCAAGCAUUUAAACUUUAAGAAGUGGAAAUGAGAGUACUCUUUAGUAACAUAAGCUCAUAAAGCUUUAUUUUGAAGGAAAGAAAAAAUCAGUACAUCACUCCUUUUAAAAGUAGUAGUUCUUUUGAAAAACAGGAUAGACAUUCCCAAAUACCCUUUAAAUCUAGUAUAUAUGUAAACUGUUAAACAUCCAUAUUCUUCAAACACAGUUAUUUACGUAAGUUAUUAAAUCAGGGUUGAGAGGGAAAUCCUAUAUACCUUCUUUCAAUGAAAACAAUUGAAUGAACAGGAAAGAGUUGCAGGAUUGGGUUUUGUGCACUUACAGUAAAUUAUAUUAUUUUUUUUUUUUUCUGAACUAAAACCUACGCUUUUAUUGUCCAAAUAGGAAAUAUCUGAAAUAUUUCUUCUGAUUGCCAGCAAGUUUAAUCUACAGUUCUUAAAUUAACAUCUGGGAACUCUUUAGUUUUGGGAUGAGGACAAAUUCGUUAAGGAAAGACAAAAGAGUGUUUGGCUAUAUUACAUG